UUUCCACCACUGGAUUUUUGUCUAUUUUUUACUAGAGAAUUACUUGUGAAUUAGGUUUGAUGCACCCAUUGCAAAGACUUGCAUAAACAGCUCUUUGUCCAAUCUGUGCUGGUAGUGAACAGCAGCUGCCAUUAUAUCAGCAGCGAAAGACCGGAACAUUUAAUUCCCAGACACUCCCUCAAUAGAGAUCGGCCUGUUGAGAUACUCCCUCUUUGCGCAUGUGUUCCAAGUGGCUGCCAGGUAAAAGUAGACGAUAGCAGACAACAGGAUUCUUAGUGAAAGGGGGUGUUGUUGAACGUUUUCUUGACUUUUAUAGAUCACGUAAAAUGUUAUCCAGGAACUUUCUGAAGUAAUAUUAGGCUACAUGAGACGUUUAUUUGUUCUAACUUAUUUACAUUUGGAUAUUUAAGUAGAUGUUUGAUUUCUCUGGUCUAGGGGCGCAUCAUUUGCAGCCUUGAGAAUCGAAUUUUCUCUCCGCAUCUCCCUAGUCAUUAUCUCUACACUACAACAAAGUAGUCUGACUGUACUGUAACCUACAACAUUUCAUUCCAUACAAAGAAACAACAGCUUCCACAAUGGAUCGGGACAAAUCUAGCACGUCCCUCCACCCUCCUGGAUUCCCCAGGUCAAUCGCCUCCCUGUAGUUUACUGCUGGUUCUGGUCGACUGCACGAAAACACCGGGGCAGAGUGGAACUGAGAGACGAGAAGGAGAAGAGGAACAUGGAGAUAUGAUUUCAUUAAGGGACAUCCCUAAUCGUUGCUCUCUUAGUGGGAGGGGCUUAUUAUCUGGGGAGCCACAACAACAUCAUGAUGCUGACAAGAAAGAGAAGAGUCUCUCCAGAUCAGAACACCUCAAGAAACACCAGCAUAGAGGUAUAGGGAAGAAACCUCACCACUGCUGCUCUGACUGUGGGAAGAGUUUGGCUAAACAAGACUUGACAAUUCAUGAGCAAAUUCACACUCUAGAGCAUGCAUCUAGAACCUUAAAAUAUCAUCAGAGAAUUCAUUCAGGGGAGGGACCUUAUACCUGCUUUGAUUGUGGGAAAUACUUAAAUCAGUCAGGAGCCCAGACUAAACACAAACACAUAGGAGAGAAGCCUUAUAGCUGUGUUCAGUGUGGGAAGAGCUUCAAUAAGUCAGGACACCUGACUAGACACCAACGCAUACACACAGGAGAGAAGCCUUAUAGCUGUGAUCAUUGUGGGAAGAGGUAUACUCAAGGUUACAAUCUGACUGUACACCAGCGCAUACACACAGGAGAGAAACCUUAUAGCUGUGAUCAGUGUGGGAAGAGUUUCAGUGACUCAGGAUCCAUGAUUACACACCAACGCAUACACACAGGAGAGAAGCCUUAUAGCUGUGUUCAGUGUGGGAAGAGCUUCAAUCAAUCAGGAGCCAUGACUAGACACCAACGCAUACACACAGGACAGAAAUAUUAUAGAUGUGAUCAGUGUGGGAAGAGCUUCAAUCAAUCAGGACACCUGACUGAACACCAACGCAUACACACAGGAGAGAAGCCUUAUAGCUGUGUUCAGUGUGGGAAGAGUUUCAGUCAUUCAGGAACCCUGACUAAACACCAACGCAUACACACAGGAGAGAAGCCUUAUAGCUGUGAUCAGUGUGGGAAGAGCUUCAAUCAUUCAGGAACCCUGACUAAACACCAACGCAUACACACAGGAGAGAAGCCUUAUAGCUGUGAUCAGUGUGGGAAGAGCUUCAAUCAUUCAGGAAGCCUGACUAAACACCAACGCAUACACACAGGAGAGAAGCCUUAUAGCUGUGAUCAGUGUGGGAAGAGCUUUGCUCAAUCUGGAUACCUGGCUACACACCAACUCAUACACACAGGAGAGAAGCCUUAUAGCUGUGAUCAUUGUGGGAAGAGCUUCUGUCGAUCAGGAGACCUGAUUACACACCAACGCAUACACACUGGAGAGAAGCCUUAUAGCUGUGAUCAUUGUGGGAAGAGCUUCAGUCGAUCAGGAAACCUGAUUAUACACCAACUCAUCCACACAGGAGAGAAGCCUUAUAGUUGUGAUCAGUGUGGGAAGAGCUUCAGUCGAUCAGGAGACCUGAUUACACACCAACGCAUACACACAGGAGAGAAGCCUUAUAGUUGUGAUCAGUGUGGGAAGAGCUUCAGUCGAUCAGGAGACCUGACUACACACCAACGCAUACACACAGGAGAGAAGCCUUGUAGCUGUGAUCAUUGUGGAAAGAGUUUUGUUCGAGAUUCCAAUCUGAUUGCACACCAACGCAUACACACAGGAGAGAAGCCUUAUAGUUGUGAUCAUUGUGGGAAGAGCUUCAGUCGAUCAGGAGACCUGAUUACACACCAACGCAUACACACAGGAGAGAAGCCUUAUAGCUGUGAUCAUUGUGGGAAGAGCUUCAGUCGAUCAGGAGACCUGAUUACACACCAACGCAUACACACAGGAGAGAAGCCUUAUACCUGUGAUCAGUGUGGGAAGAGCUUCAAUCAUUCAGGAACCCUGACUAGACACCAACGCAUACACACAGGAGAGAAGCCUUAUAGCUGUGAUCAGUGUGGGAAGAGCUUUGCUCAGUCUGGAUACCUGGCUACACACCAACGCAUACACACAGGAGAGAAGCCUUAUAGCUGUGUUCAGUGUGGGAAGAGCUUCAAUCAAUCAGGAGCCCUGACUACACACCAACGCAUACACACAGGAGAGAAGCCUUAUAGCUGUGAUCAGUGUGCGAAGAGUUUCAGUGACUCAGGAUCCAUGAUUCUACACCAACGCAUACACACAGGAGAGAAGCCUUAUAGCUGUGAUCAGUGUGGGAAGAGCUUCAAUCAAUCAGGAGCCAUGACUAGACACCAACGCAUACACACAGGAGAGAAGCCUUAUAGCUGUGAUCAGUGUGGGAAGAGCUUCAAUCAAUCAGAAACCCUGAGCAAACAUCAACGCAUACACACAGGAGAGAAGCCUUAUAGCUGUGAUCAGUGUGGGAAGAGCUUCAAUCAAUCAGGACACCUGACUGAACACCAACGCAUACACACAGGAGAGAAGCCUUAUAGUUGUGAUCAGUGUGGGAAGAGCUUCAGUCGAUCAGGAGACCUGAUUACACACCAACGCACACACACAGGAGAGAAAUCUUACUCAUGUCUAUGUGGAAAGAGAUUUGCUCAUUCAGGGUCCCUGAAAAAACACCAGAAAGCUGAAACAUGUUUUCUUUCAUCUCCCUCCUCUCUGGCACUGGUUCCAGAUCCCUAAAUAAAGUUUAAAUAGAAAACAUAUUGUAAAGAGUCAUGUCUCCCAUUCUCUAACAUUUUACUAAAUUUGAUUGCCAUGGUAACCUGUGUAGCAUAAUAUGCAGCUCUGGAUCCAUAUGUAUCAAGCGUCUUGGAGUAGGAGUGCUGUGUGUGUGGUGGGGGUGUUCAGAGCUGUAUCUUAUUUCAUUAUCUCCUAUUAUCCAUUAAAUAAUGUAUAAUAAAAUGUUUCACCAAUAGUAGGUGUAUAUUCAUGUGAUGGAAAUGUUGUCUGAAGAGAGAGCUUUGAAUUGUACAUCUUGUCUCAUACAAUCAUUGGUUCCUGUAGGUGCUGGGUAGAGAUGUGAGGGGGAGACGGUCAUGACACCCUCACACAUUUUGACAGAACGUCCAGAAUAUGUUCUAUAUGUUACAUGCAGGAACCAAACGUUAAUGAUGAAUAAUGUAAUCAUUCAAAUAUAACUUGUCUGUGUAAGCAGUAUAUAAGAGAACUAACGGGACUGCCCCGAAAGAGCUCCCGACCGAUGUGUACUAUGGUGCAUUAAGUUUGUUGCAACCUCUCCAGCUUGCUGAUAAUAAAGAAUGAUGCAUUUAA